AUGUCUAGGAGUACCAGCAUCAACCAGUGGAAGAAUGAACUCAGUGAUAGCGGUUCUGGGACUUGGGAGCAGCUCCACGCAUCACAAGUCAAAUCACCUGCAGGAAUAACAAUCUCCCCUGAACUAUUUGAGAAGCUUUACCUGCCAAAGAAAGCGGCACCUAGUGAUUUCAGAAAACGCUUUGCGAACCCAGCACCUUUGGGCUCGAUGGGGUGA